AUGUGCUCACUUCCUGGACUCCCUACACCAGGAUCAGAAAUACAUGUGCUCGUCACAAGGGUGAACCUUAACCCAAACUAUGGCCUCGUGGAGUUAUGGAUUAAUAUGAACGAUGGAAAAGAACAUGUUUAUGAGCAAAUGAGAAAGGAAAUUCAGAUUCCUGAAAGGAAAUUUUGUGGGUUGGAAGGAAAACCAGGUGAAUACUGUUUGGUUUGCAUCAGUGACACAUGGCACAGAGCUCAGAUUGUAUCCAUAGAAAAUGGAAGUUACACUGUGUUUCUAAUUGACCAGGCACAGCCUUAUAAAGCUACAAAUGAAGCUUUAGCGUGGGGCCACAGGAGAUAUUUUCACCUUUCUCCUGAAACUGAAUCGUGCAUACUAGCAAAUGUCCUCUCUACUGAAGAAAAAUGGCCUGAAAAGGCAACUCAGUUCCUGAACUCCCUGCCUGGCAAGAAGUUUAAAGGACUGGCUCAACAUUUGCUGUUGCCUGACAGGAUUAUUGUCCUCGAUAUACCAGCAGUUUCCAAGAACAUGUGUGAGGUUGGAGUUGCAAGGGAGAUUUCAGGGGAUGAGUUUAAGUGCCUUGUCCUGAAAUGUUUGAAUAUACCCAAAGCAGAUACUUUUGAGGCCUGUUCCAUAACGCAGAAGCAGAAUCUGAAUGUCAGUAACCAACUUGAAAACUACAGCCAGUACUUCUACCCAGAUUUGUUAACAAACACAUUUGAAUCUGUAAAGGUGACAGAAGUAAUUGACCCACAGAAUAUUUUUUGUGAACUCCUGAUUUUUUCGAAAGCCCUUAAGAUAUUAUUGGAACAGAUCCACCAGAAUUAUGAAGGGAGUUCAGAUUUUGGAGAGGCCCAGCCCCAGACCUGUGGAGCUCCAUGUGCUAGUAAAGGGGCUGAUGGCAGAUGGCGUCGGUCUGUGCUGAGGCAAAACCUUGUGACCAGCGAUGGUGCUGUAGAGGUCAUGCAUGUGGAUGAAGGACGAACUGAAGUUGUUCCCAUUAGAAACAUCAGAGCAUUGCAUGGGAAAUUUUUGAGGAUGCCAGUGGUCACGUACCUCUGCUCUCUGAAUGGCGUAAAAGAUGACGGCACAGGGUGGACUGAAGAUCAGACUGAUUACUUGAAAUCGCUUAUCUGUACCUGGACACUUGUGGCUAGAUUUGACCACCACAAUUUACCUCAAAAUAAGUAUGAUGUCACUCUGUAUGCGGUUAACGCUGCAUGCAUCAAUGACUGCUUUUUAAAGAAGACAGGACUUUUUGUCCCCACGUCCUUUAUGAGGUCAGACAAAGACAGACAUUUUGUUCAGAAGAACUUAUGUCUUGAUGCAUUACAGGAUGAAACUUUGACAAGAAUCAAGAGCCUGCAAGAUAAUGGUGAGAUAAAUGAUGUAGCCAAUGACGACAAAACUGACAAGAGUUUACAACAUUCAUACUCUGUAAUCCAGAGCAGUGGACAUCUUUCCACACAUUGUCCGUCGGAUGUGGAAGAUGGUCUGGAUGCAUUAACUGUAGGCAGUAGUGUCAAUGUGAGAAUAUCAUGCAUCGAAAGUCUCCAGAAGUUCUGGUGUCAACUUGCAGAAAGUGAAGGUAGGCUUGAAGUCCUGAUGCAGGACCUGCAAACCCACUAUGCAUCUGCCCACCCUCAACCACUUGUUGAGUCCACGUACAUUGCCCGUAAUCCAGACAAUGGUAUGUGGUACAGAGCAAGGAUCACUGCAGACCACCACUCUCCAGUAGUACAAGUAAGGUUUAUAGAUUAUGGUCUAACUAAAAAUAUCCCUUUGCAAGAUCUCUGCCUCAUUGACCCAACCUUCUUGAAACUAAAUGCACAGGUUUUUCAGUGUCGCUUAUUCAGUCCUGCUCCUACUGGUCUCCCUGCCUUUAUGUGCACAGGUGGUGCUUUAGCAGAAUUUCAAGAGUUUGUGGAUUUGGCUGCCUCUCCAAACAAGUUGAAAUGUGUUAUAAAAGCUGUAAUAUGUGAUGAAGAGGGUCUGCCACUCAAAGUGGUAGAUAUUCAAACACCCUCUGAGAGUGCUUCUAAACUUCUGGCUCAGAAAUGUGCAGAUGCUGAAGCUCAUGUGAAGGACCCCCCACAGAUCCCCUCGGAUGCAUAUACAUGUUCCACAGACAACACUGACCUAGGCACUAAAGAAGACGUGUUGAUCACCUCUUCAGAAAAUGUCAAUAACUUCUACUGUCAGUUGAAAAGAAAUUCUUACUUGGUUGACAAAGUGACAGAAAAUAUAAAGCAACUAGUUUCCCACCCUCUACGGACAGAUGGCCCAAUUGGACUUAACACAAUUUGCCUUGUUAAGUACACCGACAAUCAGUGGUACAGAGGUCAGGUAACAGAAAUGUCUCCAGAACUUAAAGUGCAUUGUGUUGACUAUGGUGAUACCCUGGAAGUGAACAAAUCUGAUAUUUGUCUCCUUCCCCCUGAGGCAACUGUUGCCAGGUCUAUUCCUGUACUGGCUAUUCCGCUUGGACUGUCUGACAUCCCAGAUGAUGUACCAGAGGAAGUCAACCACUGGUUUGCAAAUACAGCUGUUGGCAAGACUUGGACAAUUUCAGUAGUAGGAAAAAAAGGAGCAGAAGGGAAGCUGAUUGUUGAACUGUCUCAGGGAUCCCUCAAUGUAAAUGUCAUGGUGAGAGAAAAAAUAGCAAACAUUACAGGACAAAAGAUGACCAGUGUCAUUAGAUGGUCUAACCAGCAGCUGUCCACCAGCCCAAAACAGGCCAGGGUGUCAGCCAGAAACAAUUUAACCCCAGAGGACACAGAUUUGUCCCCAUCUACAGGAAUACCAAAACUGAACAGUCCACAAACAUCCACAGAAUCCCAUGGCAGUGAUGGAGUAUGUAGUAGAGAUGGGCCAAAAACUAACUUGCAGUACAAAAGCCAUGUGUCUGCAGCAGAGGAUCAAAAGACUCUGGAUGAAGGAAGAAAAGCAAAUAGUGCUGCCACCCUACAGACCUCCCCUCCCUCCUGCCAGGAGAGAAACCUAAAUGUCUGUGUUUACAAGAAGCCAAAUCUUUUUAAAGACAAGUUGGAGGAGGUUUAUGCUUCCUUCAUUGAUGGACCGCAUUACUUUUGGUGUCAGUACAGCAACACUGAGGUCCUGAACAAAGUGUCCAGGAUUGCUCAGGAAGUCGGACAGGUAAAACAGGACCUUAUGUUCCCUGAGACUCUAGUUCCUGGCAGUCCAUGUCUGGCUCUGUUUUCUGAUGACCAGUGGUAUCGAGCUCAAGUAAUUGAUCGAACUGAUGAAACUGUGCAUGUUGUGUUUGUUGACUAUGGAAAUGAGUCUGAAGUUACCAUCACAGAUGUGAGAGCUUUAAAUUCUAGUCUACUGGAAGACGCUCCUCAGGCCUUUUUGUGCUCUUUGGAGGGAUUUGACAAGUCUAAGGGCUUCUGGGAUGAUGCAGUUCAUGAUUACUUUCACAGUCUCCUAGUUGAUAAGCGACUCCAAGUGACAGUGUUCAAUGUGGAAGACCAGUCAGAGAUCAACCUUCCUCAAUAUGAAGUGCAAAUCCAUUGUGAUGAUGUAGUUGUGCAUAAAGUGAUGCAAAAAUACUGGACACCAAAUAACAAAGAACAUGCUGAGGCAAAAAGGCCUCCCACAGAACAAAGUGAGCAGCCUCAUGGCGCUGAAGUAAAUGUAAAUAUGUGCCUGUACAAGGAGCCAGAAUUGGUCAAAAACAUAUUGGAGGUUUAUGCUUCUUGUAUUGUUGGACCCCAUUACUUCUGGUGCCAGUUUGCCAACACAGACCGUCUCAGCAAAGUUUCAAUUCUGGCUCAGGAAGUGGGACAGGCAUAUGAAAAUGUGACGAUUCCAGGGACACUUGGUCCUGGUAGUCCAUGUCUGGCUCUUUUUUCCACCGACAAACAGUGGUAUCGAGCUCUGGUGAUGGACAGAACUGAUCAUACUGUGCAUGUAGUGUUUAUUGACUAUGGAAAUGAGUCUGAAGUAAACAUCAAGGACGUGAAACCACUACCACUAUCUCUUCUGGAAGAAAUUCCUCAGGCCUUUUUGUGCUCUUUGAAUGGAUUUGAUGAAUCCAGAGGCUCCUGGAAUGAUGAAGUUUUUGAUGAAUUUUACAAUCUCCUGGCUGAUAAACCACUUCUAAUCAAAGUGGACAACAUGAAGAACAACUCAGAGAUCGCUGUUCCUCAAUUUGAAGUCCAAAUCAAGUCUGAAGGAAUGCUUGUGAAUAAGCUGGUGGAGAAAUACUGGACAGAGCUUGACACGGAUCAUCCUGUGGCAGAAAGGUUAGUAGACUGGAAUCACUGUGGAAGCCUUAACACUAACACUGGCAGACAUACAGAAACUGUCCGGAUCCUCAUCGAACACGGGGCCAGGCCAUGUCUGCGGACAGACCACGGCUGGACUCCGGCCCACUUCGCUGCAGAGUCGGGACGCCUGGCGGUGUUGAGGCUGUUACACUCCCUCCACGCUCCCAUAGACAAGGAGGACUGCUGUGGAGAUAAACCGCUGCGAAUAGCCCAAAUCUAUGGCCACCACGAGUGUGUUCGCUUCCUUAAAAAGGCUGAGGCUGAGUGUCAGGUCUACCGCUCCAUGGCAACAAAUAAAGGCCUUUCACUGGAUGACACUGAUGAAGAGUGGGCAGACCAGUCCAAAGAAAAUGAAGAAGACAGGAAAAGUGAAGGUAGGCUUGAAGUCCUGAUGCAGGACCUGCAAACCCACUAUGCAUCUGCCCACCCUCAACCACUUGUUGAGUCCACGUACAUUGCCCGUAAUCCAGACAAUGGUGGUGCUUUAGCAGAAUUUCAAGAGUUUGUGGAUUUGGCUGCCUCUCCAAACAAGUUGAAAUGUGUUAUAAAAGCUGUAAUAUGUGAUGAAGAGGGUCUGCCACUCAAAGUGGUAGAUAUUCAAACACCCUCUGAGAGUGCUUCUAAACUUCUGGCUCAGAAAUGUGCAGAUGCUGAAGCUCAUGAGAGAAACCUAAAUGUCUGUGUUUACAAGAAGCCAAAUCUUUUUAAAGACAAGUUGGAGGAGGUUUAUGCUUCCUUCAUUGAUGGACCGCAUUACUUUUGGUGUCAGUACAGCAACACUGAGGUCCUGAACAAAGUGUCCAGGAUUGCUCAGGAAGUCGGACAGGUAAAACAGGACCUUAUGUUCCCUGAGACUCUAGUUCCUGGCAGUCCAUGUCUGGCUCUGUUUUCUGAUGACCAGUGGUAUCGAGCUCAAGUAAUUGAUCGAACUGAUGAAACUGUGCAUGUUGUGUUUGUUGACUAUGGAAAUGAGUCUGAAGUUACCAUCACAGAUGUGAGAGCUUUAAAUUCUAGUCUACUGGAAGACGCUCCUCAGGCCUUUUUGUGCUCUUUGGAGGGAUUUGACAAGUCUAAGGGCUUCUGGGAUGAUGCAGUUCAUGAUUACUUUCACAGUCUCCUAGUUGAUAAGCGACUCCAAGUGACAGUGUUCAAUGUGGAAGACCAGUCAGAGAUCACUCCUCAAUAUGAAGUGCAAAUCCAUUGUGAUGAUGUAGUUGUGCAUAAAGUGAUGCAAAAAUACUGGACACCAAAUAACAAAGAACAUGCUGAGGCAAAAAGGCCUCCCACAGAACAAAGUGAGCAGCCUCAUGGCACUGAAGUAAAUGUAAAUAUGUGCCUGUACAAGGAGCCAGAAUUGGUCAAAAACAUAUUGGAGGUUUAUGCUUCUUGUAUUGUUGGACCCCAUUACUUCUGGUGCCAGUUUGCCAACACAGACCGUCUCAGCAAAGUUUCAAUUCUGGCUCAGGAAGUGGGACAGGCAUAUGAAAAUGUGACGAUUCCAGGGACACUUGGUCCUGGUAGUCCAUGUCUGGCUCUUUUUUCCACCGACAAACAGUGGUAUCGAGCUCUGGUGAUGGACAGAACUGAUCAUACUGUGCAUGUAGUGUUUAUUGACUAUGGAAAUGAGUCUGAAGUAAACAUCAAGGACGUGAAACCACUACCACUGUCUCUUCUGGAAGAAAUUCCUCAGGCCUUUUUGUGCUCUUUGAAUGGAUUUGAUGAAUCCAGAGGCUCCUGGAAUGAUGAAGUUGAUGAAUUUUACAAUCUCCGGCUGAUAAACCACUUUCUAAUCAAAGUGGACAACAUGAAGAACAACUCAGAGAUCGCUGUUCCUCAAUUUGAAGUCCAAAUCAAGUCUGAAGGAAUGCUUGUGAAUAAGCUGGUGGAGAAAUACUGGACAGAGCUUGACACGGAUCAUCCUGUGGCAGAAAGAGGGAUCCACAAGAAACUAGGACCAUGA